CAGGUGUCAUGGCGGCUCCCGCUCUGGCGCCGGGCUGGGGUCCGCUCCGCCUUGGCUUCGGUUGCUGCCUUCGUGGCUGCCUGCCCCGGGGCCUGAGCGCCCGCGGAAGGGGGCUUCCAGCGCCCGUGGUCUUGGGACGAAGCGCGACCGCGUCCAGCCGGACAGAAGCCCCCGGCAGUGACCUGUACUGCGUGGAGCUGCUCCGGAAACGAGACUAUGAAGGAUAUUUAUGUUGCCUGUUACUGCCAGCAGAAGCCCGGAGCUCUGCUUUUGCAUUGAGAGCCUUCAAUGUGGAACUGGCUCAGGUUAAAGACUCAGUCUCUCAGAAAACAAUUGGCCAAAUGCGAAUGCAGUUUUGGAAGAAAGCUGUGGAAGAUAUAUAUUCUGACAAUCCUCCUCAUCAGCCAGUAGCCAUUGAACUGUGGAAGGCAGUCAGGAGACAUAAUUUAACGAAAAGAUGGCUUAUGAAAAUCAUUGAUGAAAGAGAAAAAAAUUUGGAUGACAAAACAUAUCGAAACAUCCAAGAACUAGAAACAUAUGCUGAAAACACGCAAAGUUCUCUUCUCUACUUGACACUGGAAGUAUUGGGUAUAAGGGACCUCCAUGCAGAUCAUGCUGCAAGUCAUAUUGGGAAAGCACAAGGCAUUGUCACCUGCUUGAGAGCAACUCCCUAUCAUAUUAGUAGGAGAAAGGUGUUUCUUCCCAUGGACAUUUGCAUGCUGCAUGGUGUUUCACAAGAAGAUUUUUUACGUAAGAAUCAAGAUAAAAAUGUGAGGGAUGUAAUUUAUGACAUUGCCAGCCAGGGACAUCUUCAUUUAAAACACGCCAGAUCCUUCCAGAAAAGUAUUCCUGUGAAAGCAUUUCCUGCUUUUCUUCAGACGGUUGCUUUAGAGGACUAUUUAGAAAAAAUUCAAAGAGUGGAUUUUGAUGUGUUCCACCCAAGAUUACAGCAGAAGAAUACAUUAUUAGCAUUGCAUCUCUAUAUUCGGUCUUGGAAAAAAAGAUAUUAAAAUCAAUUUAUAGUAC